GGAUUGCGAAAAAUAAAACACGUGCUAUAGAACUUUAUAAAAAAGCUGCUAAUGAUGGUAAUAUUUAUGCAAAGUAUCGUUUAGGUUCUAUAUACUAUGAAGGUUUAGCAGGCAUAGAAGACAAAGAAGAAGGAGCACAUUAUUUGAAGCUUGCUGCUU